AUGUCGCUGGUGUUGCUGAGUUUGGCCGCGCUGUGCUGGGGUGCCCGUUCCCUGGAGCCGACGAUUCAGUGUGGCUCUGAAAAUGGACCGUCUCCAGAGUGGAUGGUCAAUCACACUCUGACCCCAGGAGACUUGAGGGACCUUCGAGUGGAACCUGUUAAAACCAGCGACAACUAUUCAAUUGUGAUGAACAUAAGCUGGAUACUCCGGGCAGAUGCCAGCAUCCGCUUUUUGAAGGCCACCAAGAUCUGUGUGUCAGGCAAAAGCAACAUCCAGUCCUACGGCUGCGUGAGGUGCAAUUACACAGAGGCUUUCCAGACUCAGACCAGGCCCUCUGGUGGCAAAUGGAUGUUUUCCUACAUUGGCUUCCCUGUAGAGCUGAACACACUCUAUUUCAUUGGGGCCCAUAAUAUCCCCAAUGCAAAUAUGAAUGACGACAGCCCCUCCAUGUCUGUGAAUUUCGCCUCGCCAGGCUGCCUAGACCAUGUAAUGAAAUACCAAAACAAAUGCAUUGAGGCAGGAAGUCUGUGGGACCCAAACAUCACUGCUUGUAAGAAGGAUGACAAGACAGUCGAAGUGAAUUUUACAACCAGUCCCCUUGGAAACAGAUACAUGGCUGUCAUCCAGAAGAACAGCGUGAUUGGGCUUUCUCAGUUGGAGGUACUCUCUCCGCACCAGAGCAAACUGACCCGAGCUUCGGUCAUGGUUCCAGUGACUGGGGAGAGUGAAGGAGCUGUGGUCCAGUUGACUCCGUAUUUCCACACUUGUGGCAACGACUGCAUCCGUCGCAAAGGAACUGUUGUGCUUUGUCCACAAACAGGGAGAAGUGUGCUGAGUGGCUGGCUGCCACUCCUCCUCCUGGCUCUGCUGGUGGCCACAUGGGUGCUGGCAACUGGGAUCUAUCUCAUGUGGAGGCAUGGAAGGAUCAAGCCUUCUUUCCCCACCAGCACGCUCCUGCCGCCCAUCAAGGUUCUUGUGGUUUACCCGUCUGAAAUAUGUUUCCGUCACACAGUUUGUUACUUCACUGAAUUUCUUCAGAACCACUGCAGAAGUGAGGUUAUCCUUGACAAGUGGCAGAAAAAGAAAAUAGCCGAGAUGGGUCCGGUGCAGUGGCUCACCACUCAGAAGAAAGCAGCGGACAGAGUCAUUUUCCUUCUUUCCAAUGAUGUCAACCCUGUGUGUGAUGGCACCUGUGGCAAGAGCAAGGGCAGUCCCCGUGAGAGCUCCCAAGACCUGUUCCCCCUUGCCUUCAACCUCUUCUGCAGUGAUCUGAGAAGCCCGACUCAUCUGCACAAGUACAUGGUGGUUUACUUUAGAGAGGCUGAUACCAAAGAUGAUUACAAUGCUCUCAGUGUCUGCCCCAAGUACCGCCUCAUGAAGGAUGCUAGUGCUUUCUGCACAAAACUUCUUCACGUAGAGCAGCGCGUGUCAGUGAGGAAAAGGUUGCGAGCCUGCCACAACAGCUGCUCCUCAGUGUAGCCCACCCAUGGGAAGCGAGAACAUGAAGCCUUCCUGCCCCUCCAGUUAGAAAAAGCUUCUGUGAUAGUUGUGAGGUUUACUGUAAGGGGUACUUGUAGGGAGGAUUUUAUGUACAUACGUGCUUUAGCAAUAGGACUAGGGUGGACUCACAACUGAACAUAUAUGCCUUAGCCUAGUAAUUAAAUUGUUUAUGCCAAUAGUUACAAAUAUUACUAACUACUGUAGCAUUAACUAAGGAAUGGAAACUAAAUGUACAAUUAUAGAGCUAAAUCAGUUUCUUAACUAAAAAUCAAGAAUAGUAUAAUGGGAAACCACAACCAUCUGACAGUACAGUGAGAAAGCAUCUUUCAGCUGAACAUCCAGUCUUGCAUAGUCCAUGCCCUGCAUUGUUGGUAGAAUUGUUUAGCUCUGUAACAUGCUAAGUUUAAUUAAAAUGCCAAAUUUAGUAAGCCCUCACUAAUUUACUCAAUAAUUUUUUCGGUAAAAUCCCUCUCACACACACACUUUAUUUUUAAUAUAACAAAAAUAGGGGACAACAGGCUGAACCCAUCUUUCUGAUCAGAUGACCUAGUGUAUGUGUAACCCCUUGUAUUAUUUGGUAUCUUCAUAGAACCUUACCUUCCCUCUCUGAACUAGGUUCAUGUCUUACUUGCCUCUUGUACAGUGCUUUAAAGUGCUGGUAAUAGAAGACGGAAAGGGCUAUGUCAAAACUUGGACUAGAAGCCAACUUCUUCUGAAUCAACAUCCACCAGUUAUAAGAGCAAUAGGCUAUUAUGUAAACAAACUAUUAAAAACAGAAAUACACUGUUUCUGGAACUAGGUAGCCCACUAAAUUUGUUGAAACAGCUCAGAAACAUAAAUAAAACCAAUAUUAUAUAAAUUUAAUUGUUAAAAAAUUUUUAAAUCAAGGAACACACGACUUUCAAAUCGAAGGCAUACAUUCCAAAUCAUACUAGCAAGUUAAAUUUUGUUAGAGUGGUGGACUCUCCUUUGUCCCUAACCGACUGGGCCGGUACAUAGGAUACUCUUUAAUGAAAAUGUCCCGCUACCAGCACUGCUCCAUGUCCUAACGCUUAUUUCUAUCCUUACUCUUUUUCAUUUUGUUUUGUUUGUUAAUCCUCACCCAGGGUAUAUUUUUUCCAUUGCUUUUUAGAG